AUUCAGUCAAAAGUUGGCAGCGAGCGCGUUAAGUUUUCGCCUGUGUACGUGUGUAUUACAAAGAGCCUAUAAUGACCUGAACUGAUAUUUCUAAUAAAAAAAUAUAUAAUUUAAAAUAAAUUAAUAAAUAAAUCAAAACCCACAAACAAAAACAAAAGGAAAAUCACCAUCAACAAAUCACAAAAAAUGCAUGUGUAUUACAAAUUUGGAUUACUCUUAAUAUUCUUACUCAGCGUCAGCAUUAGCCAUACAUAUGCAGCUCCAUCGGCCGAGGCUAGUGACUACGAUUCUUACGAUAACUAUGAUGAUGACGAUGAUGAUUAUGGCACGGGGAAGACGGCCGAGAAUGAAAGCAAAUCAAAUCCAGAGUUGGCCAUGAUAAUUGGAUCAUCGACAACAACCACAACGACCACAUAUCGACCCAUCUUUCAUAUACCAAGACGCAGCAAUCAUGUUUUAGAGCCAAGUUGUCCAAGGAAUUGCCUUUGCUUGGAAGAUUAUAAAUUUGUUCAAUGCACAAAUGCCCAUCUCACUCAUGUGCCAUUGGAUAUGCCCAAAACGGCAGCGAUUAUAGAUUUAAGCCAUAAUGUUAUAGCCGAAUUGCGGGCCGAGGAUUUUGCCAAUUUGAGUAAAGUAGUUGAGAUUAAUUUAAAUCACAAUCUACUCAGUCGUUUGGACAAAGAGGCAUUCUAUGGUCUAGAACGUUUGCGACGCUUGCGUUUGGCCAAUAAUCGUUUAACGAAAAUUGAUCCUGAUACAUUUGGCGGGGCAUCUGAUUUGUUUUCAUUGGAUUUGAGUAAUAAUAGUGUUAUUCAGCGUACCGAUGGCCGCUCAUUUUUGAAUCAACCCAAAUUGAGUGAAUUUAGCUGUUCGAAUUGCAGUUGGACCGAAUUGCCAGAACAAAUCUUUUCAAAUAUGAGUGCAUUGACUGCUUUACGUUUGGAUCACAAUGAUUUCCAGCAGCAAAUCAAUACGCGAGCUUUUGCACCGCUAGAAAAGUUAAUUAAACUAAAACUGCCCGAAUUGAAUCAGGAGAAUAUUGAGAAACUUUGCAAUCUAUUGGAUAACAUAGACAACAUUAGUUUCAAGAAUUUUGAUAUCAGUUGCUUUGAGCUUGUCUCGGGUACAUCGUUCAACAAGAGCUUAAUCCAGCCCACCGAAGCGCCAAAUAAUAAGCGGGUGUCGGCGCAGCUGCCGACCACAAUAAAACCAACAACCACACCAGCACCAGCUCCGCCACGCUCGGCAAAUCGAAAUCGCAACAAAAUGAACAAUAACAAUACGGCUGCUGCUGCUGUUGACGGUGUAGAGAUUGCCAAGGCCAAUAUUCUUGGCUCGGAAGGCGGAAUUGUCGAUGGCACCACAACGGGCACAGAUAAGGAGGAACCCUAUCAAGUGCCCAUCUCAAGAGAGGUCAUCAAUACCCUACUUAUAUGUAUCAUGGUGAUUGCCAUUAUUGGCAUUAUUAUUGGCCUCAUAUGCCGCAAAGAUGUUGGGGGUAUUAAAACAAAGUGCUGCCGCACUAGCAAACCAGAGCCAAAGGAUCAGGUUCAUCCCACAGAGGAGAUACCAUUAAAUAAGUUAGCUUAAAACCGAACAAAACAACACCAACACAUACACACACACACAAUUCCAAUUCCAUUUGACACAUCCAAAUUGUAGUUUCAAUUUCCAAAAAACCAAAACCAAUAACUGUUCUUACCAUUAGAUUUUUCAUUAGUUAGUAGUUUGUAAGCUUAUCUACCUAGUCGUUUAGCGUCUUUUUUUUUUUUUAUUAAUUUUAGUGAAAGUCUGAACGGAGAAGGACAAAAAAAAAACGAUUUAAAAACUUAUAUAAAGAAAAGAAAUUGAAAGAACAAUUAUAUAUACAUUAAAUAUAUAUAUACAUACAUUUAUAUAUAUAUAUAUAUAUAUUUAGAUAACACUUAGAUAAAGUUUAGAGUUUAUUGUUAGACUUCCUUCAAAGCGUAACAAAAAAUAUAUACAUAUAUAAAACUGUGUGUCGCCCAGUAAUCUUUAGUGAUUCUAGACUUUUUUGCCAACCAUAUAUAUAUAU